UGUGGCAUAGGUUGUAAAUCUUACAUGGUCAUGAUCCUGCCUCAUUUGGAGACUCGCUGCCGUAAAGCACAGACUGUACUUAGAAUCUGCCAAAACAAACCUGACAUGGUGGUAAGAAGGCAGGAAGCUUUGGCAGCAGCUCGCCUCAGGAUGCAAGAGGAGUUGAAUGCACAAGCAGAAAGAUACAAAGAAAAACAAAGACAGCUUGAAGAAGAGAAGCGAAGACAGAAGAUAGCAAUGUGGGAAAGUAUGCAAGAAGGAAAAAGUUAUAAAGGAAACCUGAAACUGAAUCAGCAAGAAGUAGAAUCUGGUGCCUCCACCUCAUCAGCAGUCCCGAAAUCUAAACCAAACAAAAAACCCUUGCGAGGAGGUGGCUAUAACCCCCUGUCUGGAGAAGGAGGCGGAACUUGCUCCUGGAGACCAGGCCGGAGAGGCCCGUCAGCAGGUGGAUGA